UGCUCUGGGCCGGCCCGGCCGGGCUCUCCGCCGUCGCGGCCCGCGAGAAAUGUUGCUGAAGUGCUGCUGAAAGGGCCACAGAUGCAAGGAUUUGAGACACAUUUUGAACCUUUAAGCUGUCUGACAUUGACCUCCUUUCAUUAUUAAUAAAGAAGAAGCAGGAGCUUAGGAUGUAUUAACACCAGCUUAUUAAUAUACUAACUGGACAAUGUUCUGCAAACAAUUCUACAUUGUAAAGAACUGGAUUGGUACAAAAUAAAAUAAUUUCAUAUUUUACUCAACUUUAUAAUAUGACUCCAUGGAGGAAAAUUUGAUAAGCAUGAGGGAAGACCAUUCUUUUCAUGUUCGUUACAGAAUGGAAGCUUCUUGCCUAGAAUUGGCCUUGGAAGGGGAGCGUCUGUGUAAAUCCGGAGACUGUCGUGCUGGCGUGUCCUUCUUUGAAGCUGCAGUUCAAGUUGGAACAGAAGACCUGAAAACACUUAGUGCUAUUUACAGUCAGUUGGGCAAUGCUUAUUUCUAUUUGCAUGAUUAUGCCAAAGCAUUAGAAUACCAUCAUCAUGACUUAACUCUUGCAAGGACUAUUGGAGACCAGUUGGGGGAAGCCAAAGCUAGUGGGAAUCUGGGAAACACCUUGAAAGUUCUUGGGAAUUUUGAAGAAGCUGUGGUUUGUUGUCAGCGACACCUAGAUAUUUCCAGAGAGCUUAAUGACAAGGUAGGAGAAGCAAGAGCACUGUACAAUCUUGGAAAUGUGUAUCACGCCAAAGGGAAAAGUUUCGCCUGCCCCGGUCCUCAAGAUGCAGGAGAAUUUCCAGAGGAAGUGAGAAGUGCUCUGCAGGCAGCUGUGGAGUAUUACGAGGAAAACCUGUCAUUAGUGACUGUGUUGGGGGACCGAGCAGCCCAAGGACGUGCCUUUGGAAAUCUAGGGAACACACACUACCUCCUUGGCAACUUCAGGGAUGCGGUUAUAGCGCACGAGCAGCGUCUCCUUAUUGCAAAAGAAUUUGGAGAUAAAGCUGCUGAAAGAAGAGCGUAUAGCAACCUCGGAAAUGCAUAUAUAUUUCUUGGUGAAUUUGAGACUGCCUCUGAAUACUACAAGAAGACACUCCUGUUGGCUAGACAGCUUAAAGACAGAGCCGUAGAAGCUCAGUCUUGUUACAGUCUUGGAAACACAUAUACUUUACUUCAAGACUAUGAAAAGGCCAUUGAUUAUCAUCUGAAGCACUUAGCAAUUGCUCAAGAGCUAAAUGAUAGAAUUGGUGAAGGAAGAGCAUGUUGGAGCUUGGGAAAUGCGUACACAGCUCUAGGAAAUCAUGAUCAAGCAAUGCAUUUCGCUGAAAAGCAUUUGGAAAUUUCAAGAGAGGUUGGGGAUAGAAGUGGUGAGCUAACGGCACGACUGAAUCUCUCAGAUCUGCAAAUGGUUCUUGGUCUGAGCUACAGCACGAAUAAUUCAAUAAUGUCAGAAAAUAUUGAAAUUGAUAACAGUUUACAUGGCACACGGCCUAAGUUUGGACGACGGCACAGUAUGGAAAACAUGGAGCUUAUGAAGUUGACACCAGAAAAGGUACAGAACUGGAACAGUGAAAUUCUUGUUAAACAAAAACCACUUAUUGCCAAACCUUCUGCAAAGCUACUCUUUGUGAACAGAUUGAAGGGGAAAAAAUACAAAACUAAUUCCUCCACUAAAGUUCUCCAAGAUGCCAGUAAUUCCAUUGAUCACCGAAUUUCAAAUUCUCAGAGGAAAAUCAGUGCAGAUACCAUUGGAGACGAAGGCUUCUUUGACCUGUUAAGUCGAUUUCAAAGCAAUCGGAUGGAUGAUCAGAGGUGCUGCUUGCAGGGACGGAAUCACGGAGCAGCUUCAACAGCGACUUCCUCCACGCCCCACAAAGUGCUAAAAACACCAUCAGUUUCGGUGGUGUCCCCCAACACAGAUGAGUUUUUAGAUCUUCUUGCCAGCUCACAGAGCCGCCGUCUUGAUGACCAGAGAGCCAGCGUCAAUAACUUGCCAGGGCUUCGUCUGACACAGAACAACACGCAGUCGGUACUUGGCCACCUGAUGACUGGCGACACCAGAGAGCCUGGUGAAGACUUCUUUGACAUCCUUGUAAAGUGUCAAGGGUCCCGACUCGACGAUCAAAGAUGCGCCCCACCGCCUGCUGCCUCGAAGGGACCAACGGUACCAGAUGAGGACUUUUUCAGCCUUAUUUUACGGUCUCAGGCAAAAAGAAUGGAUGAACAGAGAGUUCUUUUACAACGAGAUCAAAACAGAGACACUGAAUUUGGGCUAAAGGACCGUUUGCAAUGUAGUGCUUUGGUGGACCUUAAAAAUUCAGGAAAAAAUUAAGCAACCACUAGUUACCAUGGAUGUAUUUUUAAAAGUGACCUUAUUUCCUCUCAGAACACUGCAGGGAAAUUCAGUCUAUCAUUUUCCUUAAAAGGAGAAAUCAUGGCACUGUAAUAUAGGCUAAAAUGUUUUCAGAAUAGUGUAAAUACUUAGCCUUUGCUAGUGUAAUAUCAACAUUCCUCUGGACACUUCAGGGUGGCGGUGUCUAUAAAGGUGCUUCAACUUUUGUGAGUACUGCAUGGGAGUGUAUUCCUUUAGCUAGUGUUUGUAAAGUAAGAGUAUUAAAUUCUAGUCUAGGAUUUAAUUUCCUAAGUUUUAAAAAAUAGGCAUUUUUUAUACUUAACCAUGGGUUAUGAGAAAUUAUGUUGUUCAGUAAAAAUAAUGUACCUAACAAACAUGUAAAAAUGUUGAGUAGUCCCCAAAACUAAAGUUUUUCUCCUUUAAGAAAAUCUACCUUCAGUAGCUACCCCUAUGUUUACAGCAGCACUAUUUACAAUAGGAAAGCUAUGGAAACCACCCAAAAAUAGAUGACUGAUCAAGAAGAUGUGGUACAUACAUUGAAAUAUUAGUCAGCAAUCAAAAAAAGAUAAACUCAUGCCAUUUGCAGCAACAUGGAUGGAGCUGGAAGGGAUCAUGCUCAGUGAAAUAAGCCAGAAAGAAAAAAACUGGAUGGUUUCACUUAUAGGAGGAAUGUAGGGGCUCUACAUAAGGGAUCAGGGAGAAGAAAAAAAGUUAUAAUAGGGCCUCCCUGGUGGCACAAGGGGUUAAUAAGCCCUUCACGGCACUGUGAAGCAAUCCGUAGCCUCUGCAGCACGAGCUCGAUCCCUGGCCUGCCAGGGAGCUACCCAUAUGGCGUAGCAGACCUCUCCUGUCUCGCCCGCUGCUCCCCUCAGCAGUGCAUUUCAGUCAGUCUGCCUGUUCUGUUCCCCACUCUAUCUCUGGUGAAUCCUCUCACGCCCCACAUCUCUGGCCUGUAUCCCAGCUCUUGUAUGCAUAAAUAAUCUUUUUCAAAAAAAGUUAUAAUAAAGUGAAAAUCAAAAUCAAGAAGCAGCUAUAAACCAGAGACAUUCUGCCGGAUCAUGACAGGUGGGAAGAGCAUGGGUGAACGGGUGGUGGGAGCGUCACAGGGACCAGCACUGAGAUGAGAAAGCAUACAUUGUAUAUUAAAAAACAAAACAAAAAAAAAACCUUCAGGCCACAGUCAUUAUAAAAAAUUUCUUCUAGCAUGCUUUUUAAUAAAAUGAUUUAAAAUUGUAUCUCCCAUUGCGAAACUUUUAUGGGACCUAAUAACAAGAACAAACACUAAUGUAGUAGUAUGAAAUAGAAAACUCAAAAAUCAAGCGUGAUUUUAAGCCUCAGCCUCCUCCCAGAAACUGAAGGGAUUUACUAGGACCUCACUAAGUUUCGCAAAACUCAACAAGACAGAAAAGACCCUGGACCGUAAAGCAUAAUGCAAAUACCCACACCUGAAGCAAGCUGGCAUUUCCGUCACCGUCGGCUGCUUCCGUACAGCUGUGAUGGAAUCUGGGCCUCUGUUCUUUCUAAAAAUCCUUCAGGUAGUUUUGAUGGGCAAACAUUGAGAACUGCUUCUCCAAAUGGCCAAUGUUUAAAAAAAUAAAAGAAAUACAGUUAACCUAGAAUCACAUUCAGAGCUAAGAGGGGGUGGGGAUUAUUCUUGACUCUAAGAUCAGUUAACACCUGGAUUAGCAUGUUUUAUAUAGUAUAUGUAGGAUAUUAAAAUACUCGCUACCAUACUUUUAAAAACUACAGAAAUGUCACGGGGUUUUUAUGAGCAUGUUCAAGGAGCAACGAUAAGCAUACCAAACCGCAAUGUAAAAAUGUUUAUUUAAUGUGGCAGUUCUUAUGCCCUGUAAACAUUUAACCUCUUUUCAUUAAAAAACCCUUAAAAGCUGUCUACCCCAUUCUGAUUUCCCUAGGAACUUACACGACAGUCCAUGAUUUUAACUAAGUACUAACUAGACCAUAAACAAGCCUCUCUAACCGGCCUUGACUGCCAUCAUUCAACAGCAGUAGCCAUGAUGCCUUGCUGGAUGUCAAAGGCUUCGUCCCCAAAUGGUUAUCUGUAAUGCAAAUACACAGAUAAAAUUUUAAAUAUUUUGUUGACGAUUGUUUUUGAGAGAAAGCAGUCGGGAGUGUAAGCAACAUUCACUCUCCUGACUUAUCACCAGCAUUUUCUUCGCUUUGGAAUCAGAUCACAGCUCAGAGGCCAGCCCUCACCUUGCAGCAGUCACAGUCACAGCCAGUGCGAACAGGCCUAGUGCCUGGAGCGAACUACAUUACAGGCGGUGAUCUGCAAAAUCUAUCCCAGACUGCAGGCAUUGCAUUGGUGAGAUGCUGCUACUGCAUUAGCUAGUUGCUAUAUUCCAUAUUACCUGCAAACACACACUGGGGAAAAGAUUAACUUCCUGAUGAAAUACUAAGGAUGUUUGUUACAAUAUACUAGAAAAUACUGACACAUAAGAUUAUGAUGCUUCUGAGAGCCAAAAAG